AAUAUUAAGAGUUUCAUUUUAAUUAGGUAUUCUAGAUUUUUUAACUGCAUGUGCAUCAGUCUUUUUCUUUGGAACUGAUAAUUACAAAGACUUUAUAAGUUGUCUGAGUUGGUGGCUGUUGCAAGCGGCAAUUUUGGAUUUAAUAUCGUUAUCAAUUUGUUAGUUAGUUGAUUGAUUGGUUGAUUAAUUAGUUAAGCAAUUAAUUAGUUAAUUAAUAAGUCUAUUUCUAUAAACAGCGUUGAGCAGAAUUAAUAGUUUUGAACGAUGGAGAAAUAUAGUAAACGGUACAACAUUCAAGACGAGAAAGAAAAUGAAAUAAUUUUGGGUCCGGUUUCAAACAUAGUCCCCGCUGUCAAGCUGCCCCCUCAAAGAUCUAAAUACAUUUACACUUUGGACGUUCCAAACCAAAAAUUGACAGUAGCCCAGAGAGAUUUUUACGAAGAAAAUGGAUAUCUUAUCGUUAAAAAUCUUGUCUCCAAAGAAAAACUCGACGUAUUUUACCAACGUUUUGUAGACAUAGUGAACGGUAGAGUCAGUAGCAUGGGCAUGACGAUCAUGAAGGACAUAGGACUUCUUAACAAGUGUAAUGGCAUUGAGGAACUUUCCGUAACCAAACUCCAGGAUUUUCAGUGGGAUAAUGUUCUUUUCAGCUAUUGCCAAAUGCCUGAGAUAUCUGACUACGUAACGUGUUUUGUUGGUCCAAACAUCAUGGCAGUAUCUACAAUGAUCAUCAACAAACCACCAGACCCUGGCACCAAAACCUCUCGUCACCCAAUGCACCAGGACUUGUACUACUUCCCUGUGAGACCAGCCGAAAGAGUCGUAUGUUCGUGGACCGCCAUGGAGAAGAUCGAUCGAACGAACGGAUGCCUGGUGGCUAUUCCUGGCACUCACAAACUCCCACUCAUGGAGCAUGAAUAUCCCAAUUGGGAAAAUGGCGUGAACAAAUUCUACCACGGCGUGAAAUACGACCCGGACAGAGAUGAGAGAACCUGGCUAGAGAUGGAGGCUGGCGAUACUGUAUUUUUCCACCCUCUACUCAUACACGGAUCCGGAACCAACAAAAGUGACAGGAUGAGAAAAUCCCUGACCUGCCAUUAUGCCGGUUGCGAGUGCAGUUACGUAGAGGUGAAAGGUACCCCUUCGGAGAGAGUGGCCGACGAAAUUGCUGAAACCCUGAACAAGAGGUUCAAAUCCGACGGGAAGAUUACCUUUUACGAUUAUUGCAAGAACAGAUCAAGACUUGUUCGUGGGAUUCAUGUUAACCUGUAAUGGUACUAGUGUUUUAUAUAAAAGAGAGGAAAAGAGAGAGAGAGAGAGAGAGAGAGAGAGAGAGAUUGAAGAAUAACAAAGGAAUUGAAAGUUAAACUAUAAAUGUCAAUAAUACAUUGGACAAUUAAUUAUUUUUACCAUGAACUACAUGACUUUACAACGCUACUUCAUAAACGUUGACAUAGCACAGAUAUUAAUACAUGCAUACAUACAUACAUUGGUGAAUCAAUAUUUUUAAUGUGAAUUUAUUUUGGUGAGAUUUUUAAUACAAUAAAUUUAAUUGCAAAUAAUAAAUGCUUACAUUUAAUCUGG